GGGCUCAGCUUGGUCUUCCGGCAAACGAACCCUUCCCCUCCUCCAGCAAGGACAUCCCGGCGAGAAUCAGCCGGCACAGCGCCAGCUGCAGCCUGAGGGAGCAAGAGAGCCCUGAACCAGGAGAUGGAGCAGCUUCCCCGAGCUCUCUCCCUGCUCAUGGGCUGGAAACGGCAGCCAAGGAUUUUCUGCAGGUGGCAGUGACGAGGCUGAGAGUCCCAUGUUCCAGCAGCUGCUCAUAGCCUAGUCUCCUGUUGCAGAGAACUUCCAGAGUCUAGUCUGUAUCUCCUGUUUCCUUUCCACAAGUGGUUCCAGGAUUUUCUGGGGACAACUUGGGCAGCAGAGGCCAAUUCACUGCCUGUUCUUUGUUGUUCAAUGUCUCUUCCAAACUUGUGGAGAGUGACACUAUCCUCUAUUCAUGACAUUUAUGGUCACAUGCAACACUGCUUGUCCUAGUGCUGAUCUCUGAGAGACCCCAGAGUUGUCUGCCAGCUGGGGUUUGGAGCAAUGGCCACAACUCUUUGGGCCUGGUAGGCCAGACAAUUAGUGACCUGGCAAUGACAGGAGCCAGUUCCCUUACGACUUGUGUGCACCUUCCAACAGGACCUAAAUAUGUGCAGUUUGCUAAGGACUCACUGACCUGAUCUCCCAUCAAGGGAGUGUGUUCCCUGAUCCUGACUUUACCCCCAGUCUACAUAUGGGAUUCCUUAAGGCCAGUUUUGCUAAUAAGGACUGAGGCAAAGGCCUUCAACACCUUUUUCUCUAUCCUAUGUCACCAGGGUCCUUGUCUCAUUCAGCAGCAGUCCUACACUUUCCUAACUUCCUUUUGUCACCUUUGUCCUUAUGGAAGCCCCUUUAUUGUGUCACUUGCCUUUCUUUCUGACAGCUAAAUAAAACCUUCCCCUUUUUUCUCCCUUUCCACAUCCCUGGUGCAUGACAGGAGAAGGCAAAACCAGACACCUGAAUUGUCCUGGGCUCUGUGUUUGGUGAGAUACAGUCAAACCUAGGAGCAAGGUCACUUCUUUUGAGACAAGGCCCCUAAGAUCCCAAUGGAGUGACCCAGACAGACAUAAUUUCACUUUAAUGGGCUCCUGCAGCAUCUGGCUUGAGUCCUGUGCUGAUGCUCAUGUGUUUUGAUCCAGAAAUGCUUGGGCCUCUCAUCUUGUCAUGCAAAAGAUGCCUUCAUUGAGGAAUGUGCCAGAAAUGAAGCAGGAAGUGAAAACACAGCCAUUUAAGAAGCCAAACCACAGCUCACAGCAUUAAAUGGGAUGUUUUGCAUUCAAGAUGAAUUUGUCAGAAAAUUAUCACCUCUAGAAGGGAUACUUCUUCCAGCCUGGGGAAGUAAAGGUCCAUGAUAAAAGCCAGCCCAGCUCUUUGCGCUCUCAUCCCCUUCUCUUGCCUCCUUCUCCUUGGGGAUCAGGUAAGUCUGAAACCCUUUCUCCUUCUCUGUUUUGUCUAAAAGGAGAGCUUACCUCAAUGGACCUCUCAGGUGAUUCCAGCUGUCUUCUAUGAUGGCUUUUGGGGUUAUUUGUCAUGGGAGAGAGAAAACGGGAGAAGGUUUGAAGUGCAGGGAGGCUGGGACUGUGAUCAGUUGUUAUUUGGACUUGGAGUGUGGGCAGUGGCUGCAUAGGAGCUGGUGAUUCUUUUUAGGCUCUGGCAGGAUGAGGCCAACGAGACCUCAUACAUCUCUGCAGAGCAUCCACCUCCUGGCUCUGCAUGUUAUUUGCUCCUGAUGUGGUUACAGGCUGCUCCUCAUGCAUCCUUAUAUUUUGCUUUUUCCCUGCCCUCUCUCCAUGUGCUCCUCAUGCCCCAAGACAUGUCCUGCAUAGAGAAGUGCCAGCCCUGUGGCCCCACCCCGCUGGCCAACAGCUGCAAUGAGUGCUGUGUCAGGCAGUGCCAGGAUUCCACCAUCAUCAUCCAGCCCUCGCCCGUGGUGGUGACCCUGCCCGGCCCCAUCCUCAGCUCCUUCCUACAGAACACCACCGUGGGAUCCUCCACCUCGGCUGCUGUUGGCAGCAUCCUCAGCUCUCAGGGAGUGCCCAUCAGCUCCGGGGGCUUUGACAUCUCCUGCAUCACCAACUGCUACGGUGGCAGCAGAUGUUGUCCCCGCUAAAGCUGCUGUCAAUGUCCUCAGAUAAUGACCCCAAGGAACUCAGAAUAUGAAGCUGGACAGAGGAUCAAACCUUUGUGUCAUUGUUUUAACAGUAGCUGAUCAUCACUGAUUUGCCUGGCCAGGGAAAACUUGAAGAGAUCAACCUGAGGGAGCUGAUACUGGGAUCUCUGAAAAUUUGGCCAACGUCUACCUCUCCUCUCUUUCACUCUCACCCUUUCUCACUCUUGCCUUUGUUCUCUUGUGCUUCCUUCAAAAUCUGCUGUGAGGACCCCAGAAACCACUGUGCAGGGGCAUGCUGGACUGUGUCCUGUUGCUGGACAAGUCAAAAGAUUCCCUGUGAUAACUCUGCCACAGAGGCAGGAGAGGGAAGACAUUCUUGGCUGUUUCUGUUCCUUUUCAUACUUGGAGCCUGUACUUAGAAUGACCUAAUUUUCAUCUUUGUGUACAUUAAAAACUUGCUGCAGCCUUG